AUGGGCUGUGUGGUGUCAACUCCAAAGAACUCUGGUGGAAAUAGAAGGAGGCCUGGAAGUAUUGGUGAAGUAUCAGUAUAUGUUCCUGGUUUGAGGAUUCCCAAACCUGUUGAUUUUGCUCAAUCACUUGGUGAUUAUUUGUCCAAGAAUAUAGUGGAACGCCUGUCUGCUCUUAGAACGCGUAUAGUUGUAAUGGCUGGUCAAGAAGGUCCUACAAUUACAAGAACAAAAAGAAAAACUCAGCACGGAGGUUCAACACUGGCUGAUCUUGUGCAGGCUCUUGGAGAUUACUUGCCUGUUCUUCUGGGAUUAGUUAAAGAUGGAAGCCAUUUACAAUACAAAGUACAGUUUGUUUGGGUGAAUCAAGAGGAUGACAAAGAGGAAACGACCAUGUCUCAUGCUUGGUAUGAAGUGUUGUCAGUUUUACAUUUAAUGGCAAUGCUAUCACUAUCACAGGCUAACUUGUUACUGCUUCCAAGAUCAUCAUCCAAUGAUGGUCAUCAGCCAAAAGUAUCAGAAGAAAGCAGACGAGCCUCUGUUGAUAUCUUCUUAAAAGCAGCUGGGUAUCUGGAUUGUGCAGUCAGACAUGUUCUUCCACAGUUACCUGCAGAACUCAGGAGAAAUUUACCCGUAGACCUAGCAGAAGGAGUUCUUCGAGCACUCUCUCUACAAGCAUUAGGACAGGGUGUAGAUAUACAACUUGGAAUGGCCAUUGAUAGCACCAAAGCCACUCUUGCAGUGAAGCGCAGGCUGGCAUGUGAGAUGGUGAAAUGUUGGCAACAGGCUCAAGAUAACAUUAUGAAUCUUCCAUUAACAAAUGGUUGGGGUGAAAAACAUUGUCUCUUUGUGAAAUGGAAAUAUGUUGAAGCAAAGGCUGCAGCAUAUUAUUAUCAUGGUUUGAUUCUUGAUGAGGGAAAUACAGAAAAAUCUCAUGGGAUGGCUGUAGCUGCUUUACAAGCAGCAGAUGAGUAUUUCAAAGAAAGUAAGAAGUUGUGUGAGGCAUUCAACACAUCAUCUCCAUUGUCAAGAAAUCCACCUCCUUGGGGAACCAUGAAGUAUCUCUCUGAAAAAAUUCCAAAGGAUACUUCAAGCAAGGUCCGAAUAAACCGUGAUCUGUACUCUUAUGAGAGGAUCAUGGAGACAGCACCAACAUUGCCUGAUUUUUCCUUGGCCUUGAAACCAGAUGAAUAUCAACUUCCUCAAGUGGACUCCUCUUGGAGAACAGAGAACAUAAAAGUGGGACAAACCGAUCUUAGCCAUCUUAAGAGUGACAAGUGA